UAUAUUAGUUCCAGAAAUUAUAGAUGCACUUAAAGAUUCGAAACCACCUAUUGUGGUAUUUACCAGAUGUGGAGAAUCAAGCACCAAAACAAGUUCUUUCAACCAGACAUUUUCCAAAAUUGAAUCACCCACUCAAGUUACUAUUGACCCAGAAGCUAUAAAGACUCAACCAAGCAUCUCUUCCGCAUUGCAAGCAAGUGUCGCUAAAAAAGCAGAAGAAGCUGUAGCAGCAGCUAUAGCAGCCAAUGAGCUUCAGCUGCCGAUAAAUACUACAACAACAACAUCUACUACACCGUUAUCAACCAGUACAACAACAACAUCUACUACACCAUUAUCAACCACUACAACAACAACAGCUACUACACCGUUAUACAUCAUUGCAACAUCAACACCCGCAACAACAGUUGCUACAACAAACAGAAGCUGCUACAACAACAGAAGCUGCUACAACAACAGAAGCUGCUACGACAACAGAAGUUGCUACGACAACAGAAGUUGCUACCAGUGGCGGAGCCAGGAUUUUGGGCUAGGGGGGCUCAGCCCCCGAAAAUAUUUUUGACUCGUAUUAGGAAUAUGAAUGUAUUAUCUCGAUAUAGAGUGAAUAGUUCCUUUUGGUGAUGCUUUCCUAAGAAUACAAGCUGAACGAACAAGUAAAACAAAAAUGUUCAAUUUGGGUAUGGGUGUGUGUGGGUGUGGGCGUGGGUGUGGGUGAGGGUGA